UAUCAAACUAAUUUGCGUCGUCGACACACCCUUCUGUUACCGCUUUUACGUUCGACUCCAGAUUCCUCCUUUGCCGGAAUAUUCCAUACGUAAGAGAUAUUGAAAUCGCCGAUGAUGGAAAGUUCGAUUCCGUCUGAGAACGGCUCCGUUACCUCUGAUCGUGAUAGAUCGGCUCUAAUAUUCCUAGGAACUGGAUGUUCAAGCGCGGUACCUAACGCAAUGUGCUUGAUCCAGCGAUCUGAUAAUCCCUGCUAUGUUUGUUCCCAGUCUCUUUCAAUCCCGCCUGAGAAAAAUCCUAAUUACAGGGGGAAUACUUCACUGCUCAUUGAUUAUUGCCAAAGUGAUGGCAAACAUAAAUACAUUCAAAUCGAUGUUGGCAAGACUUUCAGAGAACAAGUCCUUCGUUGGUUUACUCUUCACAAGAUUCCUCAAGUUGAUUCUAUAAUUUUGACUCAUGAACAUGCUGAUGCAGUACUUGGCCUGGAUGAUAUACGUUCAGUGCAACCAUUUAGUCCUACUAAUGAUAUUGAUCCUACUCCAAUUUUUGUAAGCCAAUACGCUAUGGAAAGCCUUGCUGUGAAGUUCCCGUAUUUGGUUCAGAAGAAACUUAAAGAAGGCCAAGAAGUUAGGCGAGUAGCACAGCUAGAUUGGAGAGUAAUUGAAGAAGAUUGUGAGAAGCCAUUUGUAGCUUCAGGUUUAUCAUUCACGCCACUUCCAGUGAUGCAUGGAGAAGACUAUGUAUGUCUUGGCUUCCUUUUUGGUGAAAAAUCAAGAGUGGCUUAUAUAUCCGAUGUUUCACGGUUUCCUCCAAACACCGAGUAUGCUAUAUCAAAAUCUGGUGGUGGACAAUUGGAUCUCCUUAUUUUGGAUACAUUAUAUAAGACAGGAUCCCACAACACUCACUUAUGUUUCCCGCAGACACUAGACACAAUCAAAAGACUGAGUCCAAAAAGGGCUCUUCUGAUUGGAAUGACUCACGAGUUUGAUCAUCACAAGGACAACGAGUUUCUUGAAGAAUGGUCUAAAAGGGAAGGGAUUUCAGUAAAACUCGCUCAUGAUGGCUUGAGAGUCCCAAUAGACCUAUGAAGAGGUGAAAAUGAUUACUUGGCUUUCUCAUUAACGAAACUAAGAUCAUUGCCUUAUUUUUUAUCUGACUUCUGAUUCACUCAAUGAGGAAGCUUGUAGGUCUCCUUGUGUUAUAGAGAGAUAGAGAGCGGAGUGAAACGGUUUUGUUCAAGAUGCAUAAUGCUCGCAUGGCUUCAUAUCAACAUUAUCACUAAUGUUUUUGUUUCUUCUUCAAGUUUUAGCUAGGAUUUCUGACUAAACGACGAUUUUUUAAUAUUAUCAGAUAUACAUGUUAAAAUAAAAACAAAGAAACAAGAUAAUUUUCUUGGGUCACAGAAAACAGUUCAUCUAAUACCCUAUUAUUUUCUUGGGUCACAGAAAACAGUUCAUCUAACUUUUAUUUUAAACAGUUCAU